AAUUAUGCUGACCACUAGUUGAAAUUAAUAUUAUUUAAUAAUAAUUUCUAUUCUUAGUAUCUUAGACGUGUAAUCAUCAAAUAAAGAGAAGUAACUCUCAGUGGCUUUAUUAGCAGGGGAGCCUAUUUCAAAUAAAAGAUGGCGGUGGCCAUUUCACGUUCGUUUAUUUACGUAUGGUUAUCAGCUAUUAUUUUCGUGUUGGAUCGAGUACUUCUUGCUGUUUCUUAUGAUUCCGUCAACUCAAUGAAGCCAGACUGUGGAUAUGAUAUUCAGAAAAUAUGGAUGCGUGAAGUUGCAAAUACUCCUUUUGCUGCGCCUCCUCUAAUAGCUGAUGUAAAUGGCGACGGCAAAUUAAAUAUAGUGGCAGCACCAUUCUCAGAAAGUAUUACUGUUUUAGACGCUCAGACUGGGCAACAUAUGCCAGAUUCUCUUUGGCCAGUUCAGAAUCUUCACAGCUCAAUUUAUGCUAGUCCUUUACAAUACGAUGCCGAUGGCGAUGGUAUGUUAGAUUUGUUAUUCUGUACAAGUUCAGGAGAGUUAUUUUUCUACACGUCCAAUGGCACGCGAAUGAAAAAGCACCACCAACUUCCAUCCUCGUACGUUCUAAAGACCUGGUAUCAAAAAGUAAUUAUUGCUUCAACCGAUAACAUUGCUAAUUAUGUGAAAGCCGAAGUGUCAUCAGGAGCUAAAUCUACUUAUGUCCCUGUAUCGCCACACAUCCUAGCGACACCAAUUAUAGCUGAUCUAAACAGGGACGGUCGAAGAGAAGAAAUUAUAAUACCUGUAAGUUAUUUCUAUGAUGAAGAUGAAUAUAGAGCAUCCGAGCAUUUCAACAUCGAAAAGAAAAAUAUUUCCCUCACAGAGCUGGAAAAAUAUCUUGUUGGUGGUAUUGUUUAUCUCAAUCUAACUAGUAUGCAAAUUAUGAAUACAAUAUUCCUUGAGUUGUCACAGUUGACAGCUAAUUUCCCAGCCUACAUUCUCUUUUCUCCUACUGUGAUUGAUUUAGAUAGUAAUGACAGUCAUUUGGAGACUAUUACUGGCACAUCGUCUGGAAAACUUUAUGUAAUUGAAGCCAAUGGUAUAAUUAGAACCGGUUUCCCUAUACCAUUUGAUACCCUUCAUGGACAGUUAACAAUUGGAGAUGUUAAUAGUGAUGGUAUGCUGGAAAUUAUUGCUAUCGACACUGGAGGUAACAUUGCUUGUUUGGAUAGAUUGGGUAAAACAUUAUGGGAAUCUGAGAUUUCAGGAAAUUCUUCUCCAGGAACUCGUCUUGCAGAUAUCAAUGGUGAUGAUCAUGUGGAAAUCUUGGUAACAACUGAUGUCGGUGAUAUUUAUGUGUUACACGGCAAUAAUGGUAGUGUUUUUAGUGGGUACCCUUUGCAUCUGAACAGCCCAAUUCAUGCCAAUAUCCUUCUCAGUCUAAUUCAUGAUGAUACAAAAGCCUUGUUUUUUACACUCACCGAAGAUGGAAAUAUGUACAUUUUAGGCCCAGAUACAGAAUGUAGUUCACAUUUCAAUAUUGGAGAAACAUCCCUUGUUCAAACGUUAUCACACGAUCUUGUUCCUCAGACAAACAAUAUGGAACUGUUAGCUGCCACCAGAGAUGGUACUCUUAUAUGUUUAAGUCUUUCUCAAAACUUUAUGGAUGAUAAUGAAGAUUAUGCAAUGGAUAUUGCUAAACUGACUGUUCUACCCUCAGAAACUAAAACUCCAAAUGAUUUCACAUACCUUUUGCACAAACCUUCAAUUGAAGUUAAUAGUCAUACCAAGGAAAUGAAAGAUGUUAUGGGUAGUUCUUUUAAUUUAGAAUUCCAGAUUGUUGAUCCAAUAAUUUAUGACAAAACUAAGAAGUACACAGUUCAUGUUUACUAUGGCAAUAACUUGUUAGCUACAUCAGUAUAUAACAAAACUGGUUAUCAUUCCUUGACUGUGCCCGUUUGGCUAGAGCCAAGUCAAGGGCACAUAGUUGUAUCAAUGACUAAUCAUCAUGGACAGAUAUUUGAAGAUUGUUUCCCAGUCAGAUUUAAUAAACUUAUCUUACAUGAUCUUCAAUGGCUCCUCAUAAGCCCUUUUGUUGCCAUGGCAACAGUAUUGUUGGUUAUUCAUGGUUUCCCUGUUAAAGACCUUCUGCCCUUGACAAACAAAGACAAAAAUCGCUGAUAAUGCUGUUCUGUCUAGGACUUAGACAUGUUGAGUAUACCUAUAAAAUAUACUUUUGAAAACACCAAAAUCAAUGAGGGCCUCUACAUGAUUACUUGACCUGCUAGACAUAGCAGCUGAAUUUCCAUCAAAUCACAUGUUACUAAAAAAAAAAAAGCAAGCAAAGAUACAUUGGACUAGAUUGGAUUGGAUUUCAUCAGAACUAAGUAAUAACAACCAUUUAACAUACUUUUUACUAACAAUUUCAAAAUUAAGCAAUUGAUCAUUACAGCUUUGUUUUUCUCUUGUUUUCAAAGAUAUGAUAUUCCAUAUUUUCCAGUGUACAAGUCAAAAUAGCAUAUAAUGUAUACACGUUGAGUAAACAUUCAGUCAUCAUUACUAUCUUUCCAAAUCAUGUUGCAUUUCACAUGGAAUCUUUUGUCCUCCAAAUUUGUCUUGGUGUAUAAGUAAACCUAUCUUUUUUUGGCUGUAAAUGUUGGUCCAAAACAGUCAACUUUUAUGCUGGAAAAUACAGUACUUGUCAAAGUUAUUAUGUUGUUGUGUCUUACCAUAGUUUAUAUCUAUAUUUCACUGUUUCUGAUAUUUGUGGUUUAUUGAAAGUGAAAAUUUAUUUCUAAAAAUGAAGCUGAUACUGACAUUUGAUAUAAUAUGCCUAUCAGACUUACAGGUAAAUAAUUGACAGUUCAUAUUUUACAAGUGCUUGGCCAUGUUCAUUAUCAAGACAUUUGUGAAUGGCUACAUACAUCUAGUAGACACCAGAACUCUGUAAAAUUACCAACUGAUGAAUAUUUUGUUAAGUUUCUCAGUUGUCUUCAAAACCAGCUUGAAGGGUGCUACUAGCAGUUUUACACCACCCUAUAUACAUUUUUCAAUAAUUUAGAUAGUGAGCUGGCAGAAUUGUUAGCAUGCCAGGCAAAAUGCUUUAUGGCAUUUUGACUGCCCUUAUGUUCUGAUGUCAAAUUCCACCAAGGUCAACUUUGCCUUUCAUCCUUUCAGGAUCGAUAAAAUGAAUACCUGUGGAGGAUCUGUGAAGGUCCCGCGGGUGGGGUGGGGUCUAUAUUUUGGAAAACCACCUUUCAAUAAUCUCCCUUCGUGGCAUAAUUAAUAGUCAAGACUAUUUGAGCAUUUUAUCUGAUCAAAUUCAUCUUAUGGUUGUGGUACUG